GCCGCUUAAAUGUCUCAUCCAAUAAAAGAAUUUGUCAGACGACUAUCUAAUCUAGAUAUUGAACGAUAUCCAGAAUGGGAUUUAUCUAAACCACUUCCUAGAUUACCGGUUCCAGAUCUACGUAAUACAUUAGAUAGAUAUUUACGAUUAAUAGCACCAGUUGUUUCAAAAGAAGAUUUUCAACGAACUAAAUUGUUAGUUGAAGAAUUUGGCAAACCAGGUGGUGAAGGAGAAGAAUUACAAAAUUUACUUAAAGCAUAUGCAAUGACUAAAGUUAACUGGGUGACCGAAUGGUGGUUAGAUGAUAUGUAUUUACUAAAUCCUGCACCAUUGCCAAUUAAUUCUAGUCCAGGAAUGGUAUUUCCACGUCAUUCUUUUAUUAAUACAAGACAACAGCUAAGAUUUGCUGCUCAGCUGAUUUCUGGAAUUCUUGAUUAUAAAACAAUAUUAGACACACGUUCACUUCCAAUUGAACGAGCACGGCAUAGUAAAAAAGGUCAACCAUUUUGUAUGGAACAAUAUUAUCGAUUAUUUAGUUCAUAUCGUUAUCCAGGAAAAGCGAAAGAUGUACUUGUGACAACAGCGGAACGAGAUCCAUUCGAUCCUGAGCAUAUUAUUGUUGUCUAUUUAGAUCAGUUCUUCGUGAUUGAGGUCAUAACCAAUGGAAGUAGAUUAAGUGAAGAAGAUAUAUACAAUCAGUUACGUCGUGUUACACAAUUCGCUGAAGAGUCAAUAGCUGGUGAAAGUGAAAUGGAAGCACAACCAAGAGUUGGUGCGCUAACAGCUUUGCCGAGAAAUAAAUGGGCAGAGGUUUAUGAACAAUUAUGUCAAGAUUCAGAAAAUGAAGAAAAUUUAAAAACUAUUGCAAAAAGCAUGUUUGUAUUAUGUUUAGAUAAACCAAUUCAAGCAGUUGAAGAAUUGGAUGAAACAACAGAUAUUAAUGGAUUUUUAAAUGAAACUAAUGAUUCAAGCUAUUUAAAUAAACGUGAUGAUGUUUCAUUAGCUUUACAAUUAUUACAUGGUAUGGGUAGUUCAUUUAAUGCGGCUAAUCGUUGGUACGAUAAAACAAUGCAAUUUAUCAUUUCCCGUGACGGUAAUUGUGGUCUGAAUUAUGAACACUCUGUUGCUGAAGGAAUUGCUGUAGUUCGCCUGAUUGAACAUAUUCUUCAAUAUAUGAAAGAAGUUAAACGAUGGAAAUUAGUUCGAUUCCCAUCUGUAUGUGAAUUAGCAUAUCCGAGAAGACUGAAAUGGAAUUUAGACAAUAAUUCAAAAUCAAUGAUUGACUAUGCUUUAAAUGAAAUCGAUAAGAUAGCAGACGAUCUGGACUUAUACAUACUUCGUUAUAAACAAUAUGGACGAGAAUUCCCAAAAACUGUCAACAUGAGUCCAGAUUCAUUUAUUCAAUUAGCUUUACAAUUAGCUCAUUUCAAACUGCAUAAAUAUUUAGUUCCCACUUAUGAAAGUGCUUCAACAAGACGAUUUGCUUUAGCUCGAGUAGAUAAUAUUCGAGCUUGUUCAAUGCCAGCUUUGGAAUGGUGCAAAGCAAUGACAGGUCAAAUCAGAUGUUCGACCGAUGAAAAAAUCCGUUUACUACGCAAAGCAAUGGAAUGGCAAACAGAAAUUAUGCUUGAAACUAUUCUUGGUCAUGGUGUAGAUAAUCAUUUACUUGGUUUAAGACAAAUAGCGCUAACUCAUGGUAAAGAAUUACCAAAUAUUUUCAAAGAUCCAAGUUAUAUGGAGUCGAAUAGAUUUCGUCUAUCCACAAGUCAAGUACCAACAACAAUGGAUGCAUUUAUGUGUUAUGGAGCUGUUGUACCUAAUGGCUAUGGUGCUGCAUACAAUCCACAUCCUGACAAUAUUGUCGUUGUCAUUUCAUGUUGGCGUACUAAUCCUAAUAAUAAUGCAUCGAAAUUUGCAGAAAUGCUUGAUUCAGCAUUUACAGAAAUGCGUGAACUGGUCCUUUCCAAUCCCCAUUUAGCCAAACAACCAUCAAAUGAACCAGUUGAAUGGAGUAUAGCUAAAUCGCUUGGUGCUGAUGUCGGUCUAAAUGUUACUGGUUAACGAGAGAAAAGAGAAAAAUAAAAGCAAAAUAUUUAAGCAAAUAAAUAAAAAGGAAAACAAACUUUAUACAUUUAUUUUUAGCGCCAUCCGAUAUUUUUUCAUUUAUUCAGAAGCAGAAUUAUAUAUUUAUUUUGAUUCAUUUCUUUUUUGUGAUUAUUUAACAAUAUUUUUACUGAUUGUCUUUUCUCGAUUUUAUUGGCUUAUUCAUAUAGAAAACGAUUAUAAAAAAAACCACAAUAGUGCAAAUUUA